CCCCAUUUCUCGUCAUUAUGAGAAAGACCAAGUCGAUUUCUAGAUAGCCACCAACAGUAACUAACACUAACAGUAAUGUUCCAGCUCCCCCCAUUCCUCAUCGCGCUCGCCGCUGCGCCGCUUGCUACUCCCUCCUCUCUCGUAAGUCAACAAAUCGACUACGGCUCCCUCCACUGCCCUGAAGAUCCCACAGCCACCCUAGUAACACCCACGUACGGCGCCGAAGGGGCAAUAUUUACCAUCUGCUCUGAACUCGUGCUUGAUAAUACCGGGCCGCUGACCGCCUACAAUGCGAUUCUGGAUUUCAAGUCGUAUCCGCGAUGGAAUUCGUUUAUAAUCGACGUCGCUCUCCCGGACAACGUUACGUCGACUCCCGACGAUAUAUACGUCGGCAUGACAAUGCAGUUCACCUCCAAUGGCUUGAUCGGCAGCCUUAAUACCACCAGCACAGAGGUCAUCAGCCUGUUGGAUCCCUCUGGCGCCGAGGGGUAUCUCAUCAACGCGUGGCAUUAUGACGAUGGCAUAGGCGGCGUCGGAUCGCGGGCAGAGCACCCCAACGUUUUCGUCGACUUAGGAAAUGGUUCGACGCGAUACCUUUCUUACGAGACGUAUUACGCGGGCUUGAGUACGGGCACAAUAGCUCUGCUAAAGCUGCAGCUGCAACACCAAUGGGAUAUCCAAGUUCGAGACUUAAAGGUAUAUGUUGAAAGCCUCUAAACUCCAAGAAUUUCAUAUAGAUCGAGAGGAAUACAUACGCAUAAUUCCUAAUUACCUACCUAUGAUCAAACUGGUCACUAGAUAUACUUACUAUAACUACAUUUUUACAAAUCAUCAUUCAUUUGGACAAGUUCAACGCCA